AUGAAGAAGAUCAUCGACUUCAUGCUGCAAAACGAGAGAAAUUUUGCAGGAAAAACUAUUGAUAAUGUAUUUGAUGACUGCUUCUUUGGCUCAGACAUAUGGGAGCUGUUUUCAUCAAACUUCGGCCUCCGACCGGUGCAUAGUGCAAUGGAAUUUCACCGACAUCUUUGCGAAUACUCUGACUACGUACAAAAAAGUAACAUUCAAACAGCCUGUCCGCUGCAAUCGAUAGCUGAGGCCCCUAUUAUCCCUAAUCUUCGAGUAUUUUUGAAGGCUCAAGGGGUCGACUUUCUCAGUGGCAUAUUAGUGCUUGAUAUCAAUUUCUUCCCAGACACGGAGCCACGAACCAUUUGUGGAAUCCAAGCCUUACAUAAUGGCAACUCUACCAUACUCCCUGUCGCAAAACAAGAUAUCGUCAUUAUCAAGAUUGGGUCACCGAUUUCGGGGUUAAUAUCGGGAGGAAGUGAAAAUCCGCUCUCAAGAAUACCGGUGGAGGCUGAAAAUCUUCUGAACUGCGACUGGUCUCUCUGGUUCCGAUUAGCAAAGGCAUCUUCCAAAUUUGGCAACCCAUCGGCUUUUUGCACUCAUAUUUCCGAGUCAUUACUCCAAACAUUCACGGCGCUGAUGCCGCUAACAGACUAUAAAAUGAUCUACGAGCAAAUGAACCAUACUCAGAUCCACGACGGGCAUUUGAUAUCGAUCGCUCACAGUAACUGGUCACUAAAGAUCGUUUUCCCGCAGUCUCAAAUUGUCAAGUCUCAUCAAAAACAGGCUUGUGUUUUGAUCGGCUACGCUCUUACACCCAAAGAGCUUGGAAAUUUUGUCAAGAAGCCUAUGUGCGUCUGCAGCGGUGAUGAAAUUCUUGCAGAGCUACUAUGGCAAUUCAACAUGCCCUUCGAUGACAUCUUGGAAAGGAUUACGGUGAAUUAUUAUCUGCUGCCUUUAGGCUUAUCUCCCCUCCUGCCACGCGGCCAUGAGGAUCGGCCAAUCUGCGUUCCAUCUAAUACGACUAACAUCGCUCUUGUCGGUCAGUUUGUUGAAAUUGUGGGCGAGUCAACCCUUAGCUUGGAAUACGGAGUGCGGAGUGCCGAGUCAGCAGUCAAUCAGCUUUUGGAUUUGGGUAUCGACCUUCCCAAAGUGAAAAGAUCAAUUGCAGUAACGAGAUACGGUAGUCUCUGA